CGCACCACCUGCAAAAUUUCAGAGAGCAAAAACCUGUUAAGUUCGACGACUUUCUUCCAUUUCUGCCCCCACCUCUGCGCAUCGAUACGUAACAAUGUUCGCGCCAGCAGCUCGUCUUGCGAGCAAGAGAUUGCUCGAGAUCCAUCAAUUAUUUCGUCAAUCUCCACAGACAUCUCGUUCUUUCUCCACUGCUCUGAAUUACCAUAUUGAUUCACCGGAUAACAAUCCCGAGACCCCGUGGGAGUUUAGCGAUGUGAAUAUGGAAAAGGCCAAAGAAAUAAUGUCUCACUACCCAUCCAACUACAAGCAAUCUGCAGUCAUCCCCCUACUGGAUCUUGCACAGCAACAACAUGGAGGGUGGCUACCUGUUUCAGCAAUGAAUGCGGUGGCUAAGGUUAUAGAAGUUGCUCCAAUUCGUGUAUAUGAAGUUGCGACAUUUUAUUCAAUGUUCAACCGGACAAGGGUUGGGAAAUAUCAUCUCUUGGUCUGUGGCACAACACCUUGUAUGAUACGAGGAUCUCGUGAAAUAGAAGAAGCCUUACUGAAUCACCUGGGAGUGAAGCGCAAUGAGGUAACAAAGGAUGGCAUGUUUUCUGUUGGAGAAAUGGAAUGCAUGGGUUGUUGUGUUAAUGCUCCCAUGAUUACCGUGGCUGACUACUCCAAGGGUUCAGAAGGAUACACUUACAAUUAUCAUGAGGAUGUUACUCCAAAGCGAGUUGUUGAGAUUGUUGAGAUGUUGAGAAGGGGGGAAAAACCACCGGUUGGCACACAGAAUCCACAACGAAUAAUGAGUGGACCUGAAGGAGGGAACAAGACUUUGCUAAGUGAGCCAACCCCUCCCCCAUGCCGGGACCUUGAUGCAUGCUAAUUUAAAAUAGAAAAUGUUAUUCCCAAUAAUGCAAAUAUUGGAUAUUUGAUUGGUCUCCCUUCAUCUGAGGCUCUGUUAUUGUUAUAUGCUCUACCAUUUGGGUCGAUCUGCCUGCAUGGUUUUCAAUUAGCGAUUAAUAUAUUUGAGUUUCUUCAUAAA